CAAACCCACAAACAAUGGCCACUUUAAUCAAUUUUAUUAUUCUCUUCCUAUUUGUUAACACAUUAUGUUUAAUUCUACCUACCUUAGCUAAUUCAGAUUCAAAAAAAAUUCAUAACAAUGACCUAUUAGAUAAUAUUCCAACACCAAGCUACAACAACAUCCCAAAUACUAACACUCCACAAAAUGUUGAUAUUAUGAACACAAUUGAUUCAUGUUGGCGAAAAAAUUCAAAUUGGGCAUCAAAUCGUCAAUCAUUAGCGGAUUGUGCGAUCGGGUUUGGUAAAAACGCAAUAGGUGGAAAAUACGGUGAAAUAUAUGAAGUAACUGAUCCAUCCGACGACCCAAUAAAUCCAAAACAAGGUACACUACGUUAUGGCGCAAUCCAAUCCGAACCACUUUGGAUAACAUUUGCAAAUGACAUGUUUAUUAAGCUUAAAAAUGAGCUUAUUGUAAAUAGUUACAAAACAAUUGAUGGUAGAGGUGUUAAAGUUGAAAUUGGAAAUGGACCUUGUAUUACAAUACAAGGUGUAAGUCAUGUGAUUGUGCAUGGAAUUAGUAUUCAUGAUUGUAAACCGGGUGAGGCUGGUUUGGUUAGGAGUAGUAAUGAACAUGUUGGUUAUCGUGAAGGUUGUGAUGGUGAUGGUAUUAGUGUUUUUGCUUCUUCUAAUGUUUGGAUUGAUCAUUGCUUUUUGGCAAGAUGUGCUGAUGGACUUACUGAUGUUACUCAUGCUUCAACUCUUGUUACUAUCUCAAAUAGUUACUUCACCCAACAUGACAAAGUGAUGCUGCUAGGACACAAUGAUGAUUACAGUGCUGAUAGAAUAAUGAAAGUAACAGUUGCUUUCAACCGCUUUGCUAGUGGCCUAAUAGAAAGAAUGCCAAGGGUAAGAUUUGGUUAUGCCCAUGUUGUAAACAACCGAUAUGAUGAAUGGCUCAUGUAUGCCAUUGGUGGUAGUGCUGAUCCUACCAUUUUCAGUCAAGGAAAUUACUUUAUGGCUUCAAAAAAUUCUGAUGCAAAACAGGUUACAAAGAGAGAAACUGAUGGAAAAUGGAAUAGUUGGAAAUGGAGGACUUAUGGGGAUGUAUUCUUAAAUGGUGCUUAUUUUGUGCCAUCUGGAUAUGGAAGUUGUGCACCAUCAUAUUCACCUGAUCAAAACUUUGUUGCUGCUGAGGCUUCCUUGGUGCCUUUAUUAACACUCAAUGCAGGACCUCUUGAUUGUGUUGCUAACAAAGCUUGUUAAUUUCACCAAACAUUUGCUUGUCUUUACUUUUUUUUUUUUUUUUUUUUAAUGAUUUUGAUUUUUGUCUCUUGAAGCUUGCAAGAAUUCUAUGCUAUUCAUUUUUACAAUUAUUUUAUAUCAAUGUUACAAUGUACUAUGAGCUUGUGUGAAAAUGAAUUGAGUACAUAAUUCAAAGAGUUAACAUUCUUA